AUGACCCGCCCCGGCCAAGGUCAUCCAUCCAUCAUCAGGACACGACUCUCGCCUCUGGAACUGCCACACAUCGUCGAGGAAAUCUUCUCCUACCUCAGCCAGUUUGCCCUCCGCCGAUGUGUCCGCCUAGUCUGCAAGCAGUGGCGCGCCUUUGCCGCGCCCCUGAUCGACCCCAUCGAUAACGGCGACGUCUGGUCCGAUGAUUUGUGCGAAAAGUCGCUCCAGGGCGUCAUGGCCCGCUUGGAGCGCAAGACGAUCCUUCGUGUCCAGCUUCGACUCGCCACCUCGGACGCGUGGGUUGCUUCCAAUUGGGCUAUUUUACUCGACACCAUCCAGACGUUGCGGACAAAAUCCUUGAUGCGGAUCCAAACCCUUCAUCUGGCGGGCUCUCUCUUUCCAGAGUCUCGAUUUUAUCCGCUGUUGCCUUUGCUCAGCAACACCUUGACGGAGAUUCGGAUGGAGCGCAUCAUUCACGUCGACACUCAUAUUGGGACCAUCCUAGCUCUCUGCCCGCGGCUACGGACCUUCCACAUCAGUUGCAGCAAUAGCACCUGCAAGAUUGUCCACAACACCACCCCGCCUUGGUCAGAAACACCCGAGAGCGUCACUGGAUUGGGUCAGUUGCGUCUGGAGGAUCUCAAGAUCAAGCAUAUGCACAUCGAACAGGUCGUCCUGGAGACCAUUAUCACCCGAUCGCCUCACUUGCGGACCAUUCGUCUUAUCGAGCUGACAGGAGAGAAUUCUCUCAGCGCGGAGGGUCUGCCAGAUCGCGGGGGUCUCAUUCAGUUGGUCACGGACUCUUGUCCAAGGCUAGAGAUUUUCCACUUUUCUGCCAACAAGGAAUGUCUGACAGAGGACGCGUGGAUCGGAAUGACUGUCAGAGACAGCAACAACACUCUCGUUACAAGCAGAUCGUCUUGGACACGUACAGUUCUUGAAUCUGUACGGCUACAGUAUCAACCAACCGACGACCCUCACGGACUCUGGCAGGAACCCAACAGCGGCGAUCACAACAGCAAUGGCCGGCCACGUUACGCAUUGAGCCUCUCUGCGCAGGACAUCCAUUCAGGAACCAGCACAUUGCUACAACCAAUUGUCAACAACCUGACCCGACUCGAGAUCCUCUCAACGACCGAGCCACUGUAUCAUUCGUCAGCAACCGCGCUCAAUCAUAUUCUGCACGAGUACCUCUGCAGUUCACCACUUCUUGUCCACCUUGUCACGCCGGGAGUCUUUUACCGGUCAGAGUACUUGGAGCUGCGAGGAGAGGUCGGCCCAGACGGCCUGUAUCAACCCAAGCAUUGGGACUCGACCACCUCUCAUCCGCCGGCUGGAGUGCGGAGGACCGAGAAGCGAGUCUGGGCGUGCCGGCGACUUAAGACGCUACACAUCUUUUUCGGAUCGACCCCACAGGAGGAAGCUAGCGCAGUCAACUCGAGGACGCUUUUUGGGUACAUCACCCGGGUGUGUCCUGAUCUGCAGGAACUGGUCAUCCGGAAGACGGCUCUGCAUGUGGAACUUGAGGGAGGGAUGUGUCUCUUGACGAGACUGCACAAGUUGCAGAGACUGACGGUGGCGUCGUUGAUGCAUGCGACUCGGUUCGGGAUCCAGGAUAUCGAAUGGAUGGCUAAAACGAACGCAGUCGAGCCGGCGCUCAAGGAAUCGGCUCUGAUGAGACGGAGCAGACGGUUCUCGCAGUUGUUGCGACAGAUGAUUCCGAAGCGGUUGGCACCGGGUCCCAAAGUUGAUGUUGUCGGUAUGCAACAUAUGCACCAACUCUACCUCAAGGGCAAGGACGUGUCUCGGGCGCUCACGGUUGCAGAUAUGGAGGGCGUGGGCUCGGAUGCAGAUUUGGAUGCUUGGCGUUGUUUUGGCCAGCGGUAUUCGACCUUUCCUUCUUGUUCUUCUUCUUCCUCGCUGGUUUCGAGUUUAUUAAGGGAGGAAGAAUCGGCGGCGGUUACAGCAGUGGAUGUGAAGGCGGAGGCGGAGGAGGAACAGGGAGAAAAGGCAAAGGAGCAUCAGGAAGGAGAUAUGAUCUGUUGGCCAAGGCUCGAGUUCUUUGGGCUGACGUUUUUGAAGCAUAGGAUCAAGAGUCCGACGAGGUCGCGGCAUUCGUUGCCAGCAACCGAGAAGGCGAUUCUGACGAUGAUGACGCAGAUUCGACCAGAGGUACUGUUGGAGGGUGGGUUGCGUGUGCCUCCGUCGUUGUUGUCAAGCUCGUCUUCGUUGUCGUCGUCGUCGUCGGGUUCGGCUGUUGUACUCGAGGGGAAGGAGAAGCACGGGGAAGUGUCGUUGGUGACGCAGUUGGAGCAUGUGGAGAUUUCUAUCCUCUGGAAUGUGAUUCGGAGGUACUUCCGUCUUCGACCCAUCCCCGGUGUGCGUGGGACGCACUCGUUGGAUGACCAGUGUGUCAGCUCCUAUUCUGACACCGAAGAUGAUACCGACACCACAGCCAACAAUGACAAUAACGAGAGCAACAACACGGACACGGACAAGGACAAGGACAAGGACAAGGACAAGGACAAGGACAAGACUACAACAAAAACAUCGACACUAUGCACGACAGACGAUGUGCUCGCAGACGCCCUAUGGAGACUCGUCCUCGCCAACCCCGGUAUAAAAUCCCUCGACCUGCGACAAGAUUUCCCACUCUUUCGACAGCUCCUUCAACAAACCAACCCUACCCCUCCAGCCCUGGAAUCCAUCCAAUCCGUGACCACACAACUGGUCCAAGGUCGAUUACCCCUUCUGCCACCGAAUACCCGACGAGUCGAGGCGACCAAUGUAAGUUUCAGUCAGUAUAAUCGGGAGGAUCCGCGUGGGCCCGUGAAUGAGGCGGUGGAGGAGGUGACGGUCAGGUAUGUCGAGCAUUUGGGUCAGUUGAGGCAAAUCUUGGUCCAGGCGCCUCGGCUUAGGACGUUGUAUAUCAAUGGUUUGGUGUUGGCGGAUAUGCCGGUGAAGGAGGAGGAGGAUUGUGAGGAUGAUGCGGAGGAGGCUAUCAAGAAACAGAAAGAGACGGAAUUGGAGGCAGAGGAAGAAAGGGCAGUAGCGGCGGGGGGGUUUGUUUCGGGGGUACAGGUCGUGAGGUGUGAGCAGCUCCAUAGGAGUAGCGCUUCUGGACUCGAACGGCUCUUCCGUCUGACACCACACUUGGUCGAGUUCCAUAAUGCGUGCUGGUCAGCUGAGUACGCUUCGAUCCUGGCCGAGAAUUGUCCGAGCCUGGAGGUUGUCAGUAUCACAAGUCAGAGGCAGCAGGCUUCCCUGAAACGCAACCCCUGGGAUCCGAUUGUCGAUACUGUGUCGCCGUUGCUGGUGUCGUGUCCGAAACUGAGGGUGGUGGAUAUGCGGUAUGAGUUGGUGGAUACCAAGAAGGUGAAGGAGAAGGAGUGGGUCUGUUUGGGGUUGGAGGAGUUGAAUUGUCAGUUUGUGGGGGUACCGUAUUUGAGCGAGAAGGAGCAAUUGGUCCUCGAUCGGGUGUUGGCCAGGGAGCAGAAAGAGCAGGAGAAGGGGAGUGAGCACCCAGUCACCAGGUCCGAGGAGGAAGAAGAACUCUACGACCGAACACAACAAGCAACAUCCAUCCGUCGCCAAGUCCUUGGCCAACUCUCAAAACUCACCCGCCUCAACCACCUAACCCUCAGCCCAGACCUCAAAAUCACCGAUUUCUACAACGCAGAUAUGUACUCGAUCAUGUACAGGUCUCCAAAAGACGGUCAGCACUACAUCAACUAUGGAGAUAUCCUCCCUGACACCCUCCACCUCCGCCUGGAUUGUGGGUUAGACCAACUGGCGACAAUGACGGAGCUUGAGUAUUUGGCGUUCGAGUCGAUGGAUCCAAAGAUGCGGGUCCAGGAUGUAGAGUGGAUAGCGGAGCGGUUGACCAAGUUGAAGGAGAUUAGAGGGUUGGCGGUGGAUACGCAUGUGGGGAUGGAGUUUGACGCUGAGAAGGAUGCGCUGAGAGAGGUGCUGCAGAGGUUGAGGCCUGAUAUCUUGCAUACUGAGAGUUCUAGGAGUCGUUGA